AUGUCGACGCUCUCGCCUGAAACUCGUCGCCAUUUGCAGUCUCAGAACCAAAAGCUCAACUACUUGGCCACCUUGAGCGAGAACUUGGUAGAGAACGACCCUUCCCUGUCACCACCCGAUAGGCCUGUGGACUACCACCACCCGCUUGUCAUGGCUAUGAGCACUAACGAGAUCCUGAUGACGUUAAAUCACCGCUCCAGGUCGGAGACUUUUGUCUGCACUCUCCAAGGCGUCGUUUUUGAGGAUGCCAAGAGACAGUAUCACAGCAAGCUCACCAAGCUCGUGGCUUUGGCCACCAAUGCCAAUACUCUUGGUACGCAAAGUAAUGUGCUACUUGCCAAGAAGGCACUCCGAUAUCGCAAGGCAAUGGAAACUCGACGCAUUCUCGUGUAA